AUGGCCGCAGUCACUGGCUCUGGCACACAUUCACGUUACCGCCUAGCCCAAGAGCGGGAAUUCUACAACGAAGAUUCUGCCUCUCACUACGCUCCUUGGGAUCAUGACAGCAACAAGAAAUUCGUCCCGCAGCCAUCGAAGGAUCCUGCGUUAACCUCCUACGCCCAACUAUCUGCUAUUCGACUGGGUACGGAGCGCGCCCUGAUUUCCUUGUUCGAUCGCACCCACCAGCAUGUAUUGGCAGAGGCAACUCCGACUGUGAGCAUUGUCGGCGGUCACACAACAAACGAUUCCGAGCGGUUAAAACUAGGAUGCUGCGUGUUUCCAAAGGAACGGGGCCUUUGUUACUAUGUCGAGACAUCAAGAUCGCAAGAUAAAGAGAAUGGACGGAAGGAUUCCGCCCUGGUCUCUUUGGACGUCGCAAAAGAUGAACGCUUCACUACAAACAAACUUCAACUACUAGGCCCAUUGUCUGAUGUGCGCUUUUUUGCGGCAGUGCCUAUUUUGAGCCCACGAAACUUCAGGAUUGGGGUUGUGUGUGUGAUGGACAGCAAAGUAAGGUCUUCGGCUCCCGAUAGCCAUGCUCUCCAGUUUCUGAAUGAUAUGGCUGCGACCGUGAUGGACCACUUGGAAAUGAAGGAUAUUAAACGCCGAAAUCGCCGGGCUGAAAAAAUGAUCGUCGGUCUCGGUAGUUUUGUGGAAGGCCGGUCCACCCUUCGAGAUUCGUGGCGGGAGGCCAAUGCACAGCGCGAUGACUCGAAACAAUCAGGCCAGUCCAACGAGGAAAAAUCGGGCAAGGAACAGGAAGAUAUGCAAAAAUUGGCGAAAGAAACAGAAAAAACGAGCCACAAAAAACUCGUCGUUCUGGAGCCGCCGAACAAAACCGACGAUACCGAGAAGCCAGAUGUUGAGGACACACAUGAUACCCAGAGUGAUUCCGCCCAGUCACACCAAUCCUCAAACUCCGGCAACGUGACACCAAAGCAGAACGAGGGAGAAAAUCAACAGCAGCAACCUGGAGUCCAGUUCACACAAAAUGGCACUUCGGUGCGCAGCGUGCGUGCAGGUGAGAGUCUAAAAGACAAAACUCUGCCGAACAGCAUUCGAAAAAUUCUCUCGCGCGCUGCCAAUCUUCUGAGGGAAUCGAUCGGGGCGGAGGGUGUGAUGUUUUUGGAUGCAAACAGUGAGCGUUUUGGAAGUCUUGUCAACCAUAAUAAUCGCCGAGUCUCAGGACCUCCUCGCUUGAAGAAUUCCACGUCCAGCUCGGAUGAAAGCACAGAUUCUGCGUUUUCAGAUAGCCGAAGGUCAUCUGAUGCGGGCCAAGGUUCAGAAUCAGACGAGCACUCGGGCGUUUCUGAAUGCUUGGGAUUUUCGAGCUCAGGCACAUCCAACGAUGAGGACCGAGUGGGCCAUGAGAUCAUAGUCCCUGAGCCUCUGUUCACAUCACUCAUCCGGCGGUAUCCUCGCGGGAAGAUCUUCACAUAUAACGCCAGCGGUACCCUUUCAGACAGUGACGAUCCAACUCAGAGUGUAUCUGGGUCAGACCGUAGUGGCGUUUCCGGCAACUCUACAAAUGUUCCAUCUGGUAAAAGGAGGCGCAAGCCAGCUUUUCAGCGAGAUGCCGACGAUCUGAUCACCAUAUUCCGCGGGGCCAGAAACAUCCUUCUUUUGCCCAUUUGGGACUCGGACAGAAAGAGAUGGUUUGCAGGAGCUCUGGCUUGGACGAACGAACCGGACAGGAUUUUCACUUUUGAGAAUGAGCUCGUUUAUAUCUCUGCAUUUACCAAUAGCAUCAUGGCGGAAGUUCGCCGAGUCGACGUUGAAAUCGCUGAGAAAGCCAAAACAAAUCUCGUUAGUAGCAUCACGCACGAGCUUCGAAAUCCGUUACAUGGAAUCCUCGGAACGGCAGAUAUUCUAAGUGAUACUGCCAUGAAUGCACUUCAGCAUGGAAUGGUUCACACAAUCGAGUCGUGUGGCCGCACGCUACUGGAUACAAUCAACAACUUGUUGGAUCUUACAUUCAUCGACCAAUACAAACAGGGAGGCAAUUCUCGCAAGGGAAGGAAGUCACGUACUAUACCCUCCCGGGAGAUGUCUUCGUAUAGUCGAGUGUCGCUGGACUCCGUUUUGGAAGAAGUUACGGAGUGUGUGUUCGCUGGAUACUGCUUCUAUAACCAUCCCCAGGCGCCCCCUCCAGCUCUAACAGAGUCGUCCUCCCGUUCGGCGGGACAAGCCAGCAAGGCUGACGCAGUUGGUCCUCGAGCGAGCCAAGUCACUGUCAUUUUCGACAUUGAACCGGAUACAGAAUGGGACUUCUACACGCAUGCCGGCGCAUGGAGACGUAUUCUCAUGAAUAUUUUUGGAAACGCGUUGAAAUACACGACCUCGGGAUACAUUUAUCUCGAGCUUAAAUCAGGUCACAGUGGCACUGAAUCCUCGCAGAAGUCAUCAAGCAAGCACAGAAAAGACGAGUUUCAGGUGACCCUGACUGUGAAGGAUACAGGAAAGGGCAUUGGAGCAGAGUAUCUGCAAAAUGGCGUUUUCAGCCCUUUUUCACAGGAAGACCCACUCGCAUCUGGCAGCGGACUUGGGUUGAGUAUCGUUCAUCAGGCCGUUGGAUUCCUCGGUGGUUCGAUCGAAAUUGAAUCUACCAAGGGUGCUGGCACUACAUUAUCGAUACAUACACCACUUAUGAGGCCUCCAACUGGAUCGGAGGCUUCUUCGUCCGCCUCACUGUUUCAUUCAUUGAGAAGGUACACAGAAGACAAGACAAUCGGCUUCCUUGGAUUUGGUCAAAAUCUCCGUUCUCAGAGAGAUACAUACUUGUAUUCAUCAUUGGAACGAAUGUGCCAUGAAUGGUUUGGUCUAGAAGUGACCAAAGUCUCGCCAUUGGAAGGCAAGCAUAGCCCAUUCAACUUCUAUUUGGCGGUACAGACAGAACUGGACUGCGAGGACGUAGGUGGAAGAAAUCUGUUCCACCUCUCUCAGCAUCUUCACAAGGAGGGUGACUGGACGUCACCAGUUGUUGUCAUUUGCCAGUCUCCCGAGGAAGCUCAUAGUAUGUUUGUGGCGUCCAGGAACCGAGGCGACACGACUUUCUUCGAGUUUGUGAGCCAGCCCUGUGGCCCUCGAAAGCUAGCUCGCGCACUGGAUAUGUGCAUCAAACGACAGCGUGACAAAGAGACCGGUCGACGGGGCAGUAAUGAGCCUACUCGCUGGGUGGAAAUGCCUGAGUCUUCUCACCUGCCUGUGGAUCUUGGGCCCAGCGAUCCCCCAGAUGACAGAAUGAAAAUCAGUAAGCGGCCAACAGCGGACACCAUAGGCAGGGACAGGGGAAAGGAGGGUCAAAAUUCUCGCCGCUCAUCAGUGGAAGAAUCACAGCAACCUGUACAGACAGGGGUUCCCGCUCAGCCAACACCACCGUCAAACUCUGGUGAAGGCAAAACUCAGCCUCACAAGCCAGCUGUCUUGCUUGUUGAUGAUAAUGAUCUCAACCUUCAACUACUUUGUGCAUACGCCCAGAAGGACGGUUAUGAAUACAUGACAGCCCAGAAUGGCCGCGAAGCAGUGGAAACUUACAGGGAUCAUCCUGGCAAGUUCCAGGCAAUAAUCAUCGAUAUUUCAAUGCCAAUCAUGGAUGGCUUCGAAGCAUCACGACAAAUCCGACGUUUGGAGAAAGAGCACCGCAAUCGACUCUCAGAAACAGAACAAAACGCAACGCCACGGAUAAUCAUUGCUGCUCUGACUGGGCUUGACAGUGCAGCGGCCCAGAAAGAGGCAUUGGGUUCCGGUAUCGAUUCAUUCCUCAUCAAGCCCAUCAAGCGAUCUGAAGUACAGGCUAUAUUGCGACGUCAAUGA